AUGGACGCUUUCUACAUUCUUCCUGUGAAGCUUCUCGACGCGUGCUUGAAGGUCCUGCCGAUCUCGAACACGCGUGCAAGCGCCAUAUCUGUGGAUGACAAUACCCCCAACGAAGCACAAGUCUACGGACGACCUAAUUGA